AUGUCUGGCAUUGUGAAGCUAGAUGUGGGCGAGUCUCGAGCUCCAUUUGAUGUGCACCUGGAGCUACUUUGUGCCUGCUCCCCGUACUUCGACCUCUUAUUUAGCAAGCGUACGGAGAAAUCGCUUGAUGACCAAGCUAUUCAUCUUCCGGACCUGGAUCCAGAUCUCUUCGCGGAAAUAGUUCUUUGGAUGUAUUGCAGCAAGCAUUCUCUUGGGGGACUUCAAAGGAAGAAAAUGAAUUUCCUACUGAAAUUGUGGCUCUUAGCCAAGAAUCUUGAGAUCCCGGAGCUACAAGACUCUUUGAUGCCGCUCUUGAAGGGACGAGCCCAGGAAGAUACCCGAGAGAUUCUCUGCAACGAUGCAGUCGAUCUCAUCUACACUCAAACUUUGCCCAACAGCCCUUUACGGCACCUGGUGGUAGAUAUCUACAUAAAUGGUUCCAAGGCGGAGCGCAAAGCAAUGAAUGUCCAGGAUUCUCCACGUCAGUUUCUUGAAGAGGUCUGUUGGGCCCUGCCAGACGAAGGGAAAGAAUGGAUGGGGCUUCCAUUACCUUCGCUCGACCAAACAAAUCGCUACUAUGUUAGUCAUUCACUGGCACAGACAGUAUAUGCCGAUUUCCGAGAAGAAACAGACGAUUUCCGAGGAGAAACAGACGAAAUAAGGCAGCCUGCAACCCCAGCACAAAUGAGGUCUAGAAAAUUCAAAAACCUUCCAACGCACCACAAAGGAACGCAUUCAGUGCAAAGAUCAUUCAACAAAGGAAACGAAGCUGAGCCAUCUGGGGAGCUGCCACAAAAUGAGCAUGGGUCUAGUUUAUCUCAAUAA